AUGGAUGACAAAAAAGGCGGCCUGGAGAAUCCUACCUCGACUGUUCAUCACCUUAAAUCACCUACCUCUAAUGACAAGCAAGAUCCAGAGGUUGCUCAAGAUUGGACACACGAUUUGACCGAGAGCAAGAAUGUCACCACAUCCACAAGGUUGAAGAAUCCACUUUCUGGCCUGACGCGUGAUGAACUAUUUCGAGAUGUCGAGUCAUUUGCAAGGGACAAGGGUUUGGAGCAUAUCAUGGAUGAGCUGAAAAGAGGCUCCCUCGUAGCCCAAGAUCCUAAGGGCUUUGAGUCCCUUGAUGAAUUAUCCGAAGGCGAUAAAGAACUGCUUCGACGUGAGAAGACACAUCGAUGGAGCCAGCCAUUUAUGAUGUACUUCAUGACUAUUCUUUGUGCUGGUUCCGCAAUUGUCCAGGGCAUGGACCAGACGGCAGUUAAUGGAGCACAAGAGUUCUACUUCGCCGAAUUCAACCUCACCAAUAGAUGGCAGCAAGGGCUCCUCAACGGGGCUCCAUACUUAUGCUCGGCGCUUAUAGGAUGCUGGACGACAGCCCCUCUGAACCGGUGGUUUGGUCGUCGUGGAUGCAUCUUCAUCUCAUGCUUCAUAUCCUUUGCCUCGUCCUUUUGGAUGGCUGCGGCACACACUUGGUGGAACCUGCUACUGGCCCGAUUCCUCCUUGGUUUUGCAGUAGGUGCCAAGUCAACAACAACCCCGGUAUAUGGUGCGGAAUGCUCUCCAGCAAUCAUUCGUGGUGCGUUGGUUAUGAUGUGGCAAAUGUGGACCGCAUUUGGGAUUAUGCUAGGGUACAUUGCUUCAGUUGCCUUCAUGGAUGUGACACACCCCACAAUUCCCGGUUUCAACUGGAGAUUGAUGCUGGGUUCAACUGCCAUCCCUCCCUUCUUCGUGUGCAUGCAGGUGUACUUCUGCCCCGAGUCACCCAGAUGGUAUAUGAUGAAAAAUCGCUAUCUGGACGCUUACAAAGCACUUUGUAAGCUCCGCCCUUCCUCGUUUCAGGCGGCCCGCGACCUCUACUAUAUCCACACGGCACUACAGGUGGAGGAACAGCUCCGGGAAGGCAAACACCUCUGGCGCGAGAUGUUCACCAUCCCACGCAAUCGACGAGCAGCACAAUCCUCCUUUUUUGUCAUGUUUAUGCAACAAUUCUGCGGUGUCAACGCGAUAAUGUACUAUUCGAGUUCAAUGUUCGCCGAUGCAGGGUUUGAUAGGCGUAUGGCGCUGGUGACGUCAUUGGGAUGUGGUAUAACGAACUGGAUAUUCGCUCUGCCGGCAGUAUAUACGAUUGACACGUUUGGCAGGCGGAACCUGCUCCUCACCACAUUCCCAUUGAUGAGCCUAUUUCUGCUUUUCACCGGCUUUUCAUUCUAUAUUCCGGACCAAACAUCAAGGACGGCUUGCGUGGCGACGGGCAUCUAUCUGUUCAUGGUGGUGUACUCACCAGGCGAGGGACCAGUACCUUUCACGUACUCUGCUGAGGCAUUUCCACUUUAUAUCCGUGAUGUAGGCAUGUCCUUUGCGACUGCGACGACCUGGGGUUUCAACUUCAUUGUCUCAUUGACGUGGCUUCCAUUGCGGGACGCCUUCAGUCCACAAGGCGCAUUUGGCUGGUACGCAGCAUGGAACGUGUUCGGAUGGAUCUUCUGCUACUUCUGUCUGCCUGAGACCAAAGCGUUGUCUCUCGAGGAACUGGACCAAGUCUUCUCGAUUCCCACGAGAAAGCACGUCAAUCACUAUGCAGGGAUGCUGCCGUGGUAUGUAAGGAAAUAUAUCUUGCGAGGAGAUGCAACAUUCGAUGUUGACCGUGCAACACUCCUCAACUCUCGAAUUUUUCGAGACUGGCUAAACAACAAACUCUGUGUGAUGCCUUCCAACAUUAUCACUUUUGAGAUCAUACUGCGCAAGCUUCACAACACUCUGGAACAGAUGAGUGUAGACGCUGUCUCCUUAGCGGAUAUUUGGAGUCUGCCGAGUGAGUGCCGAUCCUGUGAAGUCGAGCUCAAGGGGUUUACGCAAUGGUUCGAGACGUGGUGCGCUCACCAAAAAGGCAAGGUCGAGCCAGGCAAAGAGCUGAGCUACUGUCAUGAGAUCUUGCUUCCGAGUGCUGUUUAUAACCAAGCCGAGAUCUUUGCCCAAGCAACGUGGACUGUGGUAUACCAGAGCAGUGGGCAUAUUACAGCGCACAUCCCUAUUGAGCGUAGGGUGCCGCUUGCAACACCUAUCAUGAAGCUCUCCGGCCGCAUUACGCAUAUCCUCCAAAGACCAUUGUCACCCUGCUGUGAGCGUACCGUUUUCGAAUUCCUUCGAGAGCUUCAGAGAAUACAAGCCUGGCCUUUCGAUAACUGCUUCACGAACCAUGGAAUUGACGAGCUGCUGAAUCGCCUGGCCCACUUCGACGCGGAUCGAAUGCACAAGUACAUUGAUCCUGCCACGAACAGCCCAAUGAAUUGCGUUAUGUGCAGUAUGAAUUGGAACAAUAUCGUUGAGUCCACAGCAACCCGCGUAGCUGGCUACUUUGAUGGACUGUGUCUUGACUGCGUGCUGAGGACGGACGAGAACCCUCCUCCUGGUGUGCAAUACGACAAACAGGACUACUGGGACUGUUUAGAAACCCACGAUCGCUUCAUGGGAGAGCAGCGAGAACUACAAGCAACCCCAGCUCAUGGCGUUGGUCUCCCUUAUCGUCUUUCGAACCAAUGUUGA